UCCAGUUUUUUUUUUCACUUUCUUUCCAUAUUGUUACAUACUACAUAUCACAAUGAUCCGAAGAAAUACACGGUUGAGACGAGAAUACCUUUAUAAGAAAUCAUUGGAAUCCAAAGAACGAACGAUCUACGAUCGUAAACAACGUAUCAAGGAAGCUAUUGAAAAGGGACAACCUAUUCCUACUGAACUACGAAAUGCUGGUGACGAAAUGCGAGCAGAUCUUCCCUUUGAUCAAGCACAAGCAGAACCUACAACACACGCUGACGAUGAAUACUCCCGUGCUGGUGUUUUUGAUCCCAAGAUUUUGAUCACAACCUCCCGCGAUCCCAGUAGUAGAUUACAACAGUUCUCCAAGGAAAUGCGAUUAGUAUUCCCCAAUUCUCAGCGAAUCAAUCGUGGUAACCAUGUGAUGAAGGAAAUCGUGGAAGCCUGUCGAACAAAUGAAGUAUCUGAUCUUAUUAUUUUACAUGAACAUCGUGGCAAACCUGAUGGUAUGGUUGUUUGUCAUUUUCCUUAUGGUCCUACGGCUUACUUUUCAUUGCACAAUGUUGUUUUGCGACAUGAUAUCAAAGAUCAAGGCACAGUCUCAGAAGCAUUCCCUCAUUUAAUAUUUGACAACUUCAACUCCAAACUUGGUCAUCGUAUCACAAACAUCUUAAAAUACCUAUUCCCAGUACCAAAAGAAGAUAGCAAGCGGGUCAUGACUUUUUCCAAUGACAAUGAUUAUAUCUCAUACAGACAUCAUGUAUUCGUCAAAACGGGCAAGGAUGUGGAAUUGGCAGAAGUAGGACCUCGAUUUGAAUUACGUGCAUAUGAAAUUAGAUUGGGUACAGUUGAUUUGACAGACGCAGAUGUGGAAUGGCAAUUAUCAUCAUUUACUCGUACAGCAGGCAAAAGAGCUGAACUUUAGAUUAGCAUACUACAUACAUUUCAUCUAGCUUUUCCAUCUUAUUUUUUUGUUAUUUUUAUUUUUAUUCUGUUUUUAUGUAUAUUCAAUAUUAUUUUCAAUAAACUCAUUAUCUCAUCAACCAUC